AUGAGUGAUUAUGAGGUGACCUUGGUUAACGACAAUAAAUUUUACGUCCAUUUCAAAGGGCCCGAAGAGACACCAUUCCAAGGCGGACACUGGAAAAUCCACGUCGAAUUACCUGAUCAAUACCCAUACAAGAGCCCUAGUAUCGGCUUCGUCAACCGCAUUUUCCACCCGAACAUCGAUGAACUAUCUGGAUCCGUAUGUCUCGAUGUCAUCAAUCAAACCUGGUCGCCUAUGUACGAUAUGAUCAACAUUUUUGAAGUGUUCCUCCCACAACUGCUUCGUUAUCCCAACCCUUCAGACCCGUUGAAUGGUGAGGCGGCAGCAAUGCUCAUGCGUGAUCCGAAGAAUUACGAGAACAAAGUCCGAGAUUACGUCGCCAAAUAUGCCAACAAGGACGCAGCCGAAGAAGGUGGCGAAGACACCGAGUCCGAAGACGAACUGAGCUCCGUCGGCAGCUACGAAUCCGGUGGUGAAGAACCAGCCGGUACGAUGGACGAUGUUUGAUCUCUCUCUCUACUUCAACAGGGGACUAACUACCACAUGCAUUUGAUUCGUGAUUUCAAGUACCACGCCACUCUGAUAAGGGAUUUCAUUUGGACUAAGCGGGCGCUAUUAAUGGUGGAGUUUGUUUUUUUUUUUUUUUUUUUUUUCCCUCUGCACCAAGUCUAUUUUACAUGGCAGUUUUUAUUUCAACUCGUUCAACAUGUAUCUACUGGUGCUUAAGGCCUGCAUGAUCGAACUUUUGCUGGGCAUGGCAAGGGUUAGGAUCAAUGGAGUAAUUAUGUAUUUAUGGGAAUGGCGAUAUUAUAUAUCUUUUACUUUGACUAUGCAAUUGAUUAGACUUAACAGUGCGAGAUUAACUAACAAAUGGUCGUUUCGACAUACUAUACAAUUUGUAUCUGGAUUCUUGUGAAUUGGACAGAAUGAAACAUUAGAGACUGACAGAAGAAGGGGUAUAACAUAGUAGAGAAGAAACACAGAGAGAAUGUAGAACAACAUGGCCAUAAACCAUGCCAGAAAGAAUAAGGAAUAAAAGGGAAGACAUGAAGAUAAUGAUCAACCCAGCCAUAACCACUCCCUUGAGGUGAAUUGAUUAAACUUGCAAAACAUCAAAGAUAUCACCACCACCUGCGGCACCAUUAACAGACCCAAGUUUAUUAUUCCUCUUCUUCCGUCUAGGCGAAAUAACAACUUCACCCCAAUUAUUCGGCGCAGUCGAUAAAUGUUUCUGCUGUUGUUGUUGAUGUUGAUUAUUAUUAAUAUUCGACGAUGAAGCAGUCGCUGGUUUUAUCGAGGUGGUGGAUCUUAUUGUGCCUAUUGUUGUAGCUUCUUGUCUUAUUUCUUCAUCGUCGUUAUUGAUAUCAGUGUUGCUGCCGUCUGGGGUAGGUGUUCGUAUCUCGUUACUUGCGACUCGUGAUGAACCCUGUGAAUCGAUACUGGGUAAUGUUGCGCGGGGUUGGAAGUUGGGUUGAGAUUGGAGGGCCCAGAUAUCGAUUACCGUG